AUGGCGGAUUUCAUGGCAGACCCAGAGCUGUCAGCCCACUGCGAGGCGGCUGGCCUCGAGUUGGCUGUACGUGCCUGGUGGAGAGGAGCCAAAAGCGGUUGCGGUCGCAAGGAGGCAGCCUGGCUGAGAAAGACAGCCCAUGGUGGCGUCAUGGGUGGUGCCCAUGACCGGCUACUACGCUGUGGAAUCCCCGAGCGCGUGCUUCAUAGUGGCGUGCAGCUUGGGCAGGUUUUAGCGAAGGACAAGGGCGUCACCAAGAAUUGGCAGGACGUCGUAGAGAAAAUGCGGUUUCCAGGUGAAGCGCAGCCACCGGAUUCAGCCCGGUGUGCCCGUUCUAAACGGCUGUUCCAAGAGAAGCUAAUGGAGGAAGUGAGCGAUCACUUCAACAUUCGAAUGCCAAGCAUUCCGGGCGCCAGUAUGCAACUGACACCCAGGAAGGCGAUGACAUCACCUCGUACUCGUGAGACGUCUCGUGAGGAUGGAGAAGCUGAGAGGGCUCUUCCAACCACCAGGACUGAACAUACCAAUGUGGGGAAUGUUUCUCCACCAGGCAGCACCUCGUCAAAGGUGCGACCCGUGCAGGGAAUGCGCCCCAAAUUUCCAUCGGAGAACUCCAAGGAUGGCAACGAGCCCCUGCAGCUGCCACGAGCGGUGAAGGUGAAGCCCAAGCUGGACUCUGAUGCCCUUCAAUCUCGGAAGGAGUUAGCUAAUCGCGUAGAAGGCGAUUCGAGUAAGGGCAAAGAAAGCGCUUCCUCCUCCCCAACCUCACCGAAGUCGCAAAACUUUGCACAGAUCUUCCAAGCCACAGCCAGCAAGAUGCUAGAGAAGGAAAGCCAAUGGAAUGCAGCGGAGUUCUCACCUGUCUCUCCAACAGCGUCUUGGAACGGGUGGGAAAUGACCAAACAGCGUUCGGAUCGAACGAUAGGCACACCCAAGCUCCGCUCAAACACAAGCAGCAAGUUCGAUGAGUGGGCCAAGAAGAAAGUUGAGCAAAGGUUCGAAGAAGCAAAAGAAGAAGAGGGAAGUCGGAAGCAGAAGGAAGGGGUUCGAAAAUCUGAAGUUGGAGACAGUUUGAGGAACAGUCUCCUUAGAGAUAAAGCUGUGGCCUCGGAGGUGGUGAACAAGAAGGCGGUCACCGACCUGAACUCCAUCCGCCGGAUCUUUAUGGAUUUUGACUCGGACGGCAGUGGCUUGAUCGAACCCCCAGAAUUCAUGCCCCUCCUUUCCAAGUUGUUGCGACGCCCACCAGAGGAUCUUGACAAAAAGGAAGUCUGGGCUGUGUGGGACGAGGUCGACGCAGAUGGCAGUGGAACUAUCGACUUCGACGAGUUUCAGCGUUGGUAUGCAGAGCUCAUGGGCAUAGACAUUCUAGACUAUGGAGAGAACUUCAUCCCAGAAGACAUCGCGAGCGACCAGAUCUUGGUGCGUAGCGUGGCUAAGAGCCUCAACCGCUCCAUUUUGGAAGUGGAGAAACUCUAUGAUGAGUUCAAGAAGCUUGAUACGGACAACAGCAAUACUCUGGAGAUGAAUGAGUUUCGUCAGUUGAUCCAGAAGGAAUUCGCCCCAAAGGGCCCUGAGGUCCCAGAGCACGUGUUCAAGAUGUUCUGGAAAGACUUUGACAAAGAUGGCCGUGGUUCUGUGCCGAAUCAAAACCAUUUGCAGCUGCAAAGACUGUCCUUCAGCUCGUGCUAUUUUCCGAGGACUUUCACGGACUUCUGCAAGUGGUACCUGAAGUUCAUGAAGGGUGAGGCAUCCCCCAUGGAGCAGUACUUUGCAUACAUGUCCGCAACACCUCUGGCACGCUGAGGAACCUCCCAAGGAGACUUCAGCGAAAAAAGCUUGUGGCGCUUUGGCUCAGGCGAGUUUAUUCAGACAUCGCAGCAGCAGUGAUCUCUGUUUGGGGAGUCCUAGCUUCUGCCAGUCCUAGCCGGGCUUGACCGACGAAAA